CGGAGGGGAGGCUGAGCUGCAAGGGGAGCCAAAGGCCAGACCCUGACUGUCACACCACUGCCCAGGGGCUGGGCCAGGCCAGCUCCCUGCAUGACCCAACUGCCAGAGGUUAAUCCCGGAGAGGAGAAACCAGCGAACACACUCCAAGCCCUCAGUGACCUUAACAGCAUUCCUCUGCUCCGAGCCACGAAACCCUCAGCGGGAACUCACUUUUAGGCACCGAAACGCCUUAAAAACAAACGCAGGGAGACGCAGCGGCCAGGCAGCCCAGCGCGCAGCACGGCCGGGAGGGCUCCGCGAUGGAUUGCCUGGAGUGAGCCCUCAGGGCCGGCACUCCCAGCGGGGCGGGAGAGCCCCGCCGAGUGUUCCCCCUCUCCUGCGCCGUGCAGAACUAUUCCUGGGGGAAGGUGGGCCUGGAGAGCGAGGUGGCCAAGCUGGUGGCCAGUGGUGACCCCCUGGUCCAGAUCCAGCCUGACCAGCCCUACGCCGAGCUGUGGAUGGGCACACACCCCCGGGGCGACGCCCUCAUCCGGGAUAACCGCAUCCCCCAAAAGACCCUGGGCCAGUGGAUCGCCGACAACCCCGCCUGCCUGGGGGCCAAGGUGAAGGACGCCUUCCAGGGACAGCUGCCCUUCCUGUUCAAGGUGCUCUCGGUCAACACCGCCCUGUCCGUCCAGGCGCACCCCAGCAAGGAGCUGGCGGAGAAGCUCCACGCCCAGUUCCCUGAGCACUAUCCCGAUGCCAACCACAAGCCCGAGAUGGCCAUCGCCCUCACCCCCUUCGAGGGCAUGUGUGGCUUCCGGCCCGUGGAGGAGAUUGUCUCCUUCCUCCAGAAUGUCCCCGAGCUUCGGGCGCUGAUCGGGGAGGUGGCGGCGGAGCAGCUGGAGCGCAGCGGCAGCGACGACCCCCGCGGGGUCUCGGCCGCGCUCCGCGUCUGCUUCACCCGCCUCAUGAAGAGCGAGAAGAAGUUCUUCGUGGACCAGCUGAACAUGCUGGUGAAGAGGAUCUCCCAGGAAGCGGCGGAAGGGAAGGACACGUCGGGGAGCAACGGGGAGCUGCUGCUGCGCCUGCACUCCCAGUACCCGGGGGACAUCGGCUGCUUCACCAUUUAUUUCCUGAACCUGGUGAGGCUGGAGCCAGGCGAGGCCAUGUUCCUGGGAGCCAACGAGCCCCACGCCUACCUGCACGGAGACUGCGUGGAGAUCAUGGCGUGCUCAGACAACACGGUGCGUGCCGGGCUCACCCCCAAGUUCAUCGAUGUGCUCACCUUGUGUGAGAUGCUCAACUACACACCAGCACCCAGCAGCUCCAAGAUCCUCCCGGCAGCACAGAGCCAGCUCGACCCCCACGUCUACCUCUACGACCCACCCGUGCCAGACUUCACCAUCAUGAGGAUAGAGAUCCCUGCCUCCAUCAAGCUGUACCUCAUCUCUGCCAUGGACUCUGCCAGCAUCUUGCUGGUGAUCCAAGGGACAGCCGUGGGCACCUCCACGGCCGCAGCCUCCGAGAUGUCCCUGCGCCGAGGCUCCGUGCUCUUCGUCUCGGCCAACGAGAGCAUCUCCCUCCACCUGUCCUCACCCGAUGGGAUGCUGCUCUUCCGAGCCUGCUGCCUCCUCUGAGCAGGCCUGGGACACCUCCUCCACAACACUCCAUGUUUGAGUAGAUAGAAACUGGUGUGGGCAAAGUCUUCUCGCUUGAAAGUUCUCCCUCCAGCUAUGAAAUCCCCAAACCAGCAAUGGUGUAUAGAAGGAGCAGGUCCAUGGAUCGACUCCUUGGAUGUGGUGCAGACCACAGGCUGCUCUCUGCUGCUCCUGGUGGGCUCUUCCCAAGCCUGGCUGAUGGCAGCCAGUGUCCCCCUUCCCUGGAUGUAAAAGGGGGCUGCCUGGGGGAUGAUGGAGCGGGAGAGCCUCUGCUGCUGUGAAUAAAGAGGUGACUUUGUCCCUGGUGAA